AUGGAAGCAUUUGGUGAACACAGCCAUCUAAACAAAAUAAACACGCCUGGUACAUGCAUGAAGAUCGCUGACAUAAGAAAGUAUAACCAUAACUGUGACAAGCUGGAUCCUUCUGGAGAACACAAGCCCUACGUGCCCACUGACGGUUUUCUACGAGGGAAGUGCCGAGAAUUUGCUAAUAAUGUGAGGGUGGAUGCAUCAACGCCCUGCCGAGGAAUAUCCGGAAAAUCCUCGGAUUCCUAUCUUUCUGACUUGGUCAUCGGCUGCCCGAUUCAUAUUGACGUCUUGGAUGGAACCGAAGGUUACUUUGUGCAACUUGCAUCCUUUGACGUGUAUGGAGCCAGUUGUCUUCUUGUCAGAUUUCCUGAGGCCGCCUUG